CAUUUAUACCAAUGUUCAAAUUGAUUGCAUCUCAUUACAAGUCGGUGUAUGUACUACGUAGUAAUAAAGACGCAAAAGUUGUUCACUGCAUCCAUUAUCGAUAUAGUUACAUCAUACGAAAUACGUAGUAAUAGUUAUCUUCCGUUGGACAUUUCCUUAUCUUUGUAUGGAAUUUCUCAUGAAUCAUAGAAAGAUAUCAACUCCACCACCCCCUUCUUAUGGUGAAUCUUUGUCUUCAUCUGUCCCGAAUCAUUUUUCAUUUCCUUAAAAAAAAAUUGUGAUCAUUAUCAUGUCGAUUUCCUCAAGUUCAAUUUCAUACUUCUUCUUUCUUAAAAACCUUGUCAAGGUUGAAAGGGAAGAAUAAAAAGGAACAGAAGAGUAAGGCUCCGCACAUUCAUAAGAGUAUCAUGAUGGGAUGUCAUGCAGUUUAAAAUCAGUAACCUACUCAUAAUCAUGCAAGUUAUAUGUUAUUAUAGACGGCGUUAGGACAAAAGCAUGGAAGGGCACCCCACUCUCUCCAGUCUCCCGCUAUAUAUAUUAAUUAUUUAUGAUCGGACAUCAAUUGCGACACUCCACCUAAAGACUUGAAAGGCAUUUUAGCCGUAGUUAGGGUCCUAAACAAGCAAUGAAGCUUUCGGGGGUGAUAGUGCUGGUUAUGGUGGUAGUGGUCAUGGCCAAUUUGGUGCAAGAAAGCAAAGGUAAUUCUUGCGGGGCUACAUUCUUCUCAGCGCUUGUUCAGCUCAUACCGUGCAGGGCUGCAGUUGCUCCUUAUAGUCCCGUUCCACCAGGCGAGGCUUGCUGCGCAGCCAUCAAGGCACUUGGUCAGCCUUGCUUGUGUGUGCUUGUGAACGGCCCGCCAAUCUCCGGUGUUGAUCGGAACAUGGCAAUGCAGCUUCCUGACAAAUGCACUGCAAAUUUUGAGCCAUGCGAACUCAUGUAGAUGAGAAAAGUAGAGGACUUGAAAUAAAUGCGUGGAGGGCUUUGUUGACCAUCUCUGGAAUAGGAUUGCUGGAGCACAGCUGUUUUCUUUCAGUAGUUUUUAUAGCAGAUAUUGUCACUGAUAUUAUAAUGCUUAUUACGCACUAAUCAUAUUUGUUAGU